CAUCUUUGCUGCAACAAGUCAUGAGUGGAUGCCCGUACUUUGAGAAGAGGCAUUUGUUAUUCAAAAACAAGCCUCCCAAAACAGAGGAAGACGAGGAUGCCUCCCAGGCAGGAGUUAACAAGGCCAGUAAAGGAGGAAUCAUCUAUGGAGACUACCUGCAUCUCGACAAAAUACUCUCCGCCCAGGUGCUGCAGAGUGAAGUAAAGGGUAAUAAGAUCCAUGAUGAGCACCUCUUCAUCGUCACCCAUCAAGCCUAUGAACUGUGGUUCAAACAGAUUUUGUUUGAACUUGAUUCAGUGCGAAAUAUCUUCAUCAGUGAACAUGUCCGAGACGAACGCAAUAUGCUCAAAGUCAACAACCGCAUCCACAGGAUCGUGAGGAUAUUCAGACUGCUGGUCGAACAGUUCACGGUUUUGGAGACAAUGACAGCCUUGGACUUUUUUGACUUUAGAGACUACUUGGCUCCAGCCUCCGGAUUCCAAAGCCUUCAAUUUCGGAUUUUGGAGAACAAAAUCGGGGUCCCAGACAACCUGAGGGUGCCAUACAACCGACGCCAUUACAGGGACAAUUUCAAGGGUCAGGACAGCGAGACGCUGCUCGCCACUGAACGGGAGCCAACACUCCUAAAACUAGUCGAGGAGUGGCUGGAGAGAACUCCUGGCUUGGAGGCGGAUGGAUUCAAUUUCUGGGAAAGGCUGGAAAUCAAUAUAUUUAAGGGGCUGAAUCAGGAGAAGGAGAAAAUCGAGAAAAUGGCAGAUUCUGAAGACAAGGAAGAAGUGAUGGCUGAGCUGGUCAAACAGAAAGAGGUGUUCACUUCUCUGUUUGAUGAAAAGCGCCAUGACCAUCUCUUCAGCAAAGGUGAGAGGCGGCUCUCUUACAAGGCUCUCCAAGGCGCCCUGAUGAUCAACUUCUACAGGGAGGAGCCGAGGUUCCAGGUCCCUUUCCAGCUGCUCACGUCCCUCAUGGACAUCGACACCCUCAUGACAAAAUGGCGAUACAAUCACGUAUGCAUGGUGCAUCGUAUGAUUGGCAGCAAAGCCGGCACAGGAGGCUCAUCUGGCUACCACUACCUGAGAUCCACUGUCAGUGACCGCUACAAAGUGUUUGUGGAUCUGUUCAAUCUGGCAACGUUCCUGGUGCCUCGCCACUGGGUCCCCAAGCUAAAUCCCAACGUUGACAAGUUCCUCUACAUGGCCGAAUGUAACGACAGCUCCUACUUCAGCAGUGAAGACUCAGACUAGUGGGUGUCUCAGCCGUCUCUCUACUGCCUUUUCUGUUUUUCACUGUAACUGACCCCCCCAAACCAGUAGAUCCUUUGCACAGCUGAAAGGUUUCAGUGACAGGUGUGAGGACGAAGAGCUGAAUCAAUAAGAGAACUGCAUUUCCCUGAGAGGAUAUGCAUGACAUCAGGCAGAUUUACCUGAAAAAUAUACAUUGAAAGGUUUUAUGUUUUCUAAAAAAACAUGGGGGGGGGCAGUCUUCAUUUUGCCCUCAAAUACUACAAAAGAUGCAGAAAGGAAAAGACAAAUGGCAUUUUUGGAGCAUCUUGCAUCUUGAUUUGGUGGGGAGGGGGUUCCAGUGGGGGAAAAAAAGAUGUUGGAGUGAAAUCUGGCACAGGGUGGGGUCAUUUGUCAUGUUUGACAGGACACCCACAAAUCUAUCAUGGAGAGACAUUUGAUACCAAGGUGUUAUUAUUGUUUGGGAUUUCUAGAACGUCUAGAUCCAGAAUUUGAAUAUUGGGAUUGAAAAUGUAUAUACAGGAAAAAUGUGUUGACAUCAACGUGGAGCAAUGUCACAAAUACAUCUUUUUCAUCUCUUUGUGACGGCCAAAUUAGACUAUUUUACUCUAAUCUUGACUGGUGAAAAGUAUAGCAGAUGGCUCCUUGAUAAAAAUUUGCUCAGAUGUUUUCUCAACACAAUUAUGUAAAUUUACUGUGACUGACCUGAAAGCAAAUGGUUGAGUGAGAGCAGUGAUCAAACCGGUGGCUAUGAUGGGUUUUAACAAACGCAUUAUCUUUCAUGUCAGCAUGAAGAAAACGUCCGAGAGGGAGCAAUUUCAGACUAUUGAUACUAGGAUACAUAUAAUUAUAAUAAACCUCUGUAUUAUCAACCAAUGCCAACAUCUAAAAUAGAACAAUCUGCAGCUCGUAAAUGUAAAACACAAACUAUAUCAUUUGUACAUAAUGUUAAUAAUGUAUUUUGUAUAGUAUGCUAUAUUGUGUUACAUUCAUUUUGUUGUGUAUUUAUGCAGUGAUUGAUCUCUGUAUAGAUACAUUAACUAGCCAUAUCACUCAAAACAUGUAUCUAAUCAUUUUUGUACUGUGCAUUUAUCUUAUUAUUAUUGUUGUGCAGUGUUGUCCUCAGGUAUGAGACAACAAUUAUCAGCAUAAAAAGUCAUUUAUUUUAUUUUACUGAUGUAACAUGUUGACAUUUCAAUAAAAAUAAAUAUUUAAAGUGAGACUUUAAGGCCAACAGAUGACUGGCAGAUGAUUUUGGCAGCGGUGAACACAUGCGCGCGCACGCACACACACACACACACACACACACA